CCUCUUCUGUAUCUGUAUUCCAAAGACGAAGAGGAUUAUACACCUCCUCUGAAAAUGGCUAGGACUAGCGAUCUCUCUGGUAAGUUUUCUUUUUUUUGACUUGUAAAAAAAACGUGUCGUUGGAACAUUGACUUUGUUUCUGCAUACCAAGACUAUUUCCACAGAGAACUCACGUUUACCUUUGUAUUUUUUUUUACAGAAGUUGAAAUCUCCACUCGAUUUGACGGUGACGACUCGGAUUGGGAGGGAUCCGAGUUCGAUACCGAGGAGUCGGGUGUGGACGACGACUCGGAGGAAGAUUUCGACUAUGUCCCGCUGGUGGAUACCUCUUUGGACUCCGACGAGCCCCUCGCAGAGUACGUCCGACGACAUUGGGAGCGUAAUACUCCGGGAACUCCCUCUUUUUGUUGGUCGAAGAGGGAGAAUUUCGUCAGGCGUCACUGCUUCGAAGGGACACCGGGUGUGAAAGCACCCCUUGAAGACUCGUCGACCCCGUUAGAAUUAUUCACCAGUGUUUUCCCAGAGGAGUUGUUUCAAACCAUUGUGGACGAGACGAAUCGGUAUGUUCGACAGAACCCGCGCACCCCUUCAUCCCAUAUGAAGGGGUGGGAGGACACAACGGUGCGGGAAGUCCGCUCCUAUGUCGGCUUACGAUUCCUGAUGGGCCUUCAGUCGAAGAGGGACCAGAGGGAAUGGUGGUCGACGGACCCGUUGAUGUCCUCAUCGGUGUUCGCCAAGACGAUGACCAGGGACCGCUACGAUGCCCUGACCUCCGCGCUCCACUUCGCUGACAACGAAGGGGAGCAUCCCGCGGAGGAUAGGCUUUGGAAGCUGCGCCCUGUGUUAGACGUCUUGGAAUCGACGUAUCGAUCCGUCUUCGUCCCGAACAAGAACGUGACCGUCGACGAGAGCUUGUGGGCCUUCAAGGGGCGUCACCACGCCCUCCAGUACAACCCGAGCAAGAGGGCUCGGAGAGGGCUGAAGGUCUACAAGCUUUGCUCGUCCUACGGUCCAGAGGCAGGGUAUACGGCGGCCUUCAAGAUCUACAUGGGGCAAGACCGCGGCGUAUUUCCAUCAAGCAUGAAGGCCGUCACCGACCUGCUGGAGAAGGCAGAUCUACUCGACAAGGGGUAA